AAGGGAGACUGGAUAGGACACUGAGCUGAGAACAAAAGGCGAUUAUUCUCAUCUUCACAACAGUGUUAUCGAAAAAGUUGUAGGGUAUCCUUAUUUCCGGUUCAGCGUAUUUUUUGGAGGAAAAGCGAAGGUCGCAGUUGAUUGUGGUAGAAAAGAUGGAAUUUGAUUAUUUUGGUCCUGAUAUAGACGAAGAAAUGCUUGAAGAUUCGGCAGAGGUGACAACGAUAGCAUUUUGCAAUGAAGACAGGAUUGAGCUGCUUAUUGAGGAAAAUGAUAUCAAAAAACGGCGGAGAAAAGCGAAGAAGGGCAAUACCGAAUCUGAUGCGCGUAUCGGGGAAACAAGUAAGCCAAAAUUUCACGUUGAUGUCCGCGUGAUGCUCAGGAAUGCACUUGAAGUAAUGCAGAAAAAUGAAAUGUUGUGUGAGAUGUUUGCUAAUGUGAUAGGACGUUUAUCAAAAAUCAACUUUGAAAGUAUACCAGAACUAUCUUUCCUUGAUGAAGUCCUUGCACAGACCGUAGACAUGAAAUCUUUUUCAAUGGAGAUGAUGUGGACUCGUUUCAGCAAGGUUUGGAUAAACGCAAAUGUUACUGACAAGCUGAUUGAAUGUCUCGAUGUACCUAAAUACUUUUGUUCCUGGCUGUUGUUAUAUUGCCAAGAAGAAGUGUCAAAAUAUAAUUUUAAUGCUUCAGUUCAAGUUUCUUUCGUAGCCUCCGAAGCACGACUGAAGGAGCAAGAAAAAGAGACUGUCACAUAUAUCUGUGGAGCAGUUUUGUCCAAGUUAAUUAAAAAGGCCUAUGACAAUUUGCAGAAGCCACGAAUAAAUGAAAAUGCAGAAUUGGCACUCAAAAAGAGAAUUGAAGCUUUAAAUUGCUGCAAGAGUAGUCACUCUACUGGAGUUUACACUGGAAAACUGAUAGAAACUCUUGACCGUGGAGGGCUUGUUUAUCCGAAAGCUUCAUUUGCUGACCUUUUUCACAGAGCAGAAAAGUUAUUUCAAGAUUCCGUUUCUGGUGGUGUUAAAAAAAUUAAUGUGGCAGCCAUUGUAUCCCAAUUCUUCAGUCAGGAAGCAAAUGGAAACUACAGUAUAAGAACAAAAUCAAUAUUCAGUUCAAAAAAUGUACCUGAAAACAUGCAGAAAGUCAUAUUAAAAGACAGCAUCAAAAUAUAUGUGAAGUUGAGAGCCCAUGCCCAUGCAAAACAUUUGAUUGAGAACUAUAAGUCAACAUCAAGGAAACAGAAAAAAGAAAAGGCUUUGAGAAAAAAGUUAAAAUCUGUUUCAAAGGACAAAAAGUUGUAAUUUGUUAAGUUGUUUUGGAGAUG